GCAGAAGUUCCGUUCAGGCCACCACCUGCUAUCUUAACUUUGUAUCAACGCCAUUUAUUCACUACUAAAAUAAAAGACACAUUAAUUAAGAGCCUCAAGUUAAUUGACAAGCACUCGGAUCUAAACUCCAUUCAUAAGGCUUCCACAAAAAUGUAA